AUGCUCAACCACCAGAUCACCAGUCUACCUCCUGAUGGCACUCCCUAUAUCCCAUCUGCUGCUGAAGCAAUCUUCUAUUAUUAUGGCCUACCAUCUAAGCCACGCCUUAUCGCCCGUUCUAGUUCGGAUGUCUGGAUGCAGCCAACAGGUGCUGAAGCCUACUUGGAACUCAAGGAGUUGACCCCUCUUGGUGUUCACCCUCUUGAUACUGUCUGGGAGGAUACUGUAGGUCCUGCUAUUGAUCUGUAUUUCCAGGAAAAGGGGGUUCAGUGUACCAGCAUGAACCCACUUCGCAUUGGGAUAGUUGGCCAAUCUUCUCCUCCUGCCAUUAUUUUCAUAGGAGUUAACCCCGGCUCUCUUUCUCAUGAGCUUGGCAUUGAGGUGGCUGUCCAUUGUCGCAAUAUUCUCAUCCAGAAUGGCAUAGAUGACGUUCAUGUCGAAAUUCGUGACUCCGAGUUUACUCAAGCUGCAAUGUUAUACAAGCCUGCCAUCAGCGCCAAUCCUGCCGCCAUGCUCCGUGAGCCGUUCUCUACGUCUCUUGGCCUCUCUAUCUGCGGUGCAAAGACCACCAACUUUGAAGGAACUGGUGGUCUCUUCUUUGUCGACUCUGCCAAACCUGGCAUCCUCUAUCUCCUUACUGCUAGACAUGUCUUGUUUCCCCCCAAUAAGGAACAAAACAAGCUCUACAGGUAUUGCAACAGCACUGGUGCGCCUCGCAGAAAUGUCAUGCUGUUGGGUGAAGCCACCUUCAAUGCUCGACUUGAGGACAUCAAGGCCGCAAUCGAUGGCAAGAACCACGUCAUAGAUACACUCAACAUGCGUUUGAAACUCGCUAAUGAGAUGAAGAGUAAGGAUGAUGCUGCAGCAGAGCGGAGAUCGAUAAAGCUGAAGAUGGAUGAGGUAAACGAGGCGAUCAAAGCGUUCGAGGACUUACUUGCCGACGUCGUCAGAGAUUGGCAGGAGGAAGAAAACCGCAUCAUUGGCCAUGUUGUCUUGUCACCACCCAUUCGUCCCAACUAUGGUAAAGAUGGUUUUACCGAGGAUUGGGCAGUUGUUGAGGUGCACCCCACGAAAAUUGCCAGGCUGAACUUCAUUGGCAACGCUAUUGACCUUGGCUAUGUUGAGAUCAGCGAGCUUUUUGCAUGGAUGUACCCUCAAACUGCCAACCCAAGUUCAUUCAAGUAUCCUGGUGAUCGUCUUCUGAAGUGUUUCGGGACCGUCACAGACCAGGAGAUGUUCAAGCCUGAUCCAAAGAACACAGACCACAACGACCCAGCCAUCAUGGUCCUGAAAAACGGCAACACGUCCAAAUUCACCGUUGGCCGCCUAAACACCAUCCGGGCUUUCGUUCGAGUAUACGGUAAUGGCAUAGCAAAUGAGAUGUCGAAGGAGGUAUGCGUAUUGCCCCGUAACCCGAAAUCUGGCCCAUUCUCCGUGUGUGGAGACUCUGGGUCUGUGGUCAUCGACGGUAUCGGCAGGAUUUGUGGCAUACUCACCGGUGGAGUUCAAGGAACCACUGACGUCUCUGACUGCACCUUCAUCACCUCCAUCAACUUUCUCCUCAAACGCUUGGCAGCGUUUGGUAUCAAGGCCAAUAUUUUCCCCUUGCCGACAGAUCUCUAG